CGUUAGCUGCAUGUUUGUGUUGAAGCGGUUGGCGGACGGUAGUAUCAUAGAACCGCCGAUAAUGAUUUAAUUAGUAAUUAAAUAACAAUGUCUUCAGUAGAGUAUUUGAGAGAGUUUGUCAAAGAGAGACUAACUGCUGCUGCUGAAGAAAUAUUCGGAGUUUUUACAAAAACUAUCGUCGAGUACGAGGAAGAGAUCAACCGUCAGCGCAGACUGUUGGACGUCGUUUUGAAACCUGAAAUAAAGUUACACAGGAUAGAGCUCCCACAGCAACAUGUGUGUAAGGAGGAGGAGGCUCUCACAGACCAGCAGCUCUGUAUUCAGGAGAGGACCUCCAGUCUGGACCAAGAGGACCCAGAGCCUCCACAGAUUAAAGAGGAACAGGAGGAACUCUGCACCAGUCAGGAGCGAGAGCACCUUGAAAUGAAGGAGGAGGCUGAUACCUUUAUAUUGACUCCUACUCAUGAGGAAAGUGACCCCAGUGAAAAUCAGACUCUGGACUCUGAUGAUACUUUUGGUAGAGCAGAGAAAGAGUCUGUAGCCAACAUGCCAGUUAUAAGUUCUGUGCUGUCAGAAGCGCACAGUGACCACCAGGUCCUCUUUCACAAUUCUCAUGAGGCUGAGAGCAAAGAGCAGAAAGGAGGCAAGCAUGGAGACUCAGGACCAACUAGAGAUGCAGAGGCAGAACCAAAGGAAAGACACCAUAAAAGCAGAAGUCGCUGCAAUUCUCGCACAGGUAAAAAGUCUUUAAAAUGUGACACAUGUGGGAAAGAUUUCCAGUAUAAGUCAUCACUGGAGAGACACCUGAGAGUCCACUCAAGUGAGAAGCCGUUGUUUUGCAAAUUAUGUGGGAAAGGUUUUGCACAAAAUCAAUACUUAAUCGAUCACAUGAGAAUCCACUCAGGUGAGAAGCCGUAUAUUUGCAAAACAUGUGGAAUAGUUUUCAGACUUAAAACAUCCUUGUCAGCCCACAUGAGACUCCACACAGCUGAGUUGUAUGUUUGCAAGACCUGUGGGAAAGAAUUCUGUGUCAUGUCACGAUUGAAUAGACAUAUGAGAAUCCACACAGGUGAGAAGCCAUAUACUUGCCAAACAUGCGGCAAACAUUUCACAUAUAGUCAAGACUUAAUUAGCCACACAAGAAUCCACUCAGGUGAAACGCCUUAUUCUUGCAAAACAUGUGGAAAAGAUUUCAGACAUAAAAGGUCCUUGUCAGUCCACAUGAGAGCACACACUGGUGAGACGCCAUAUACUUGUAAAAUCUGUGGAAAAGGUUUUGGAUGUAACAGUAACUUGUUGGUCCACAUGAGAACACACACUGGUGAGAAGCCAUAUACUUGCAAAACCUGUGGAAAAGGUUUUGGAUUAAAUAGUAGUUUGUUGGUCCACAUGAGAACACACACAGGUGAGAAGCCAUAUACUUGCAAAACCUGUGGAAAGGGUUUUGGAUGUAACAAUAAUUUAAUGGCCCACAUGAGAUCACACACUGGUGAGAAGCCAUAUACUUGUAAAACCUGUGGAAAGGGUUUUGGACUUAGUAGUAGAUUGUCGAUCCACAUGAGAACACACACUGGUGAAAAGCCAUAUACUUGCAAAACCUGUGGAAAGGGUUUUGGAUUUAGUAGUAGUUUGUUGGUCCACAUGAGAACACACACUGGUGAGAAGCCAUAUGCUUGUGAUAUAUGUGAGAAAAUUUUCAGGUGUAGUAGUCACUUGACAGACCACACGAGGAGAGCCCACACUGGUGAAAAGCCGCACCUUUGCAAGACCUGUGGGAAAAGAUUUGUCACAGCGACUGAACUGAAAGGGCAUCAUAAAAAUGUGCACACAGACAAGUAGUUUUCUGUUGAAACCCACACAGGUGGGUUACCUGUUUCAAGUUCUACCCCUGCUAAUAUGUUUUAUUUAAAUUAUUUACCUCAAAAUACUGCAAAAACAUUUCAGUUAAGUGCAGAGACAAUAACCAAACUUUCUUCUUCAUAUUGGUGGAAGUAUAUAUUAAAAUAGAAGUGGUCUAACAAAAAUAUUAGGAACACAAUAAGUCAUGUUACUGUUCCUUCAUCAAGGUGUUUUUGUCUUCUUCAUGUGAUGAUAUUAUGUCAAGUCAAAUUUAUUGAUAUAGCACAUUUAAAACAACCUCAGUUGACCAAAGUGUUGUACAGUUCUUCCAAAUAUAAAUAAAUGAAUGAAUGAAUAGCAAAAACAACAUAAGUUAUCAAUAAAAUCAACAAUAGGUUAAGACAAUAAAAACACCCUUCAACACUAGAGUAAAGGUUAAAUACAAAUAAAAGCUAUAAAAGACAUGUCUAUCUCAACUUGAGGUGACGGCAAGCGAAAAGAGGUAGGUUUUUAUUAUUCCAUAAAUUUGGCGCCACAACGGAAAAGGCUCUGUCACCUUUGCUUUUCAGUUUAGUUCUGGGACAGGCCAGCAGCAGCUGGUUGUUUGAUCUCAGUGCUCUGGCUGGCGUGUGAAGCUGAACAAGCUCAGAUAGAUAGGAUGGGGCUAAGCCAAGUGUGAAAACACAUGGAAAAUGUGUAAUAAAUACUGUACAAAUAACAAGAUUAAGGAAGUAUCUUUCAAGAAAUUACAAAGAAUUUACAUAGUAAAGUUUGUUUGAAAGAUUCAGCCUGGAUUUUCAUUAUAAAUGUGAUUUCUGUGGACUGUAAAAAGAGAGUAUUUCUCUUUUCUUUUUUUGUUCUUGUGUAUAUAUACAGAAUGUUUUGGAUUGAUGCUGCCAUCUUUAUAAUAAAGACAUUUCAGAUAAGUGUUCAGAUAAAUAUGUCUGAUGCAAUGCUAUAUUUUAGUCAAGAUUAAAAAUAACAAGUGUAAUAUACAACUUUUAUUAUUUUUGGAAAAUUCUUAAUUUGUAAUAAAAGUGGUCAGAAACCAAACCAACUUUCCUGCACUUUAUUAAUGCGUUCCAACAAUAUGCCACCAUCUUAUCCAAUGUCAAAAACAAAAAAGCCAUGAAGACCUUCAAGUUACUAAGUGAUUAUAAUAUGAUGCAUAUAACACAAACACUGACUUUAUAAAAUGUGAUUUUUUUUCUUGUCUACUUCUGUUUUUCUUUUUUGUUGUCUGUCUACGUUUCUUUCUAUAAAUGAACUUGUGCACAAUGAAUUAAAAAAACCUUAAAGUGAAAGCGGAAUGAAAAACGAGCUCAUUUCCACUGUCGGAACUUCUCAGUGUGACAUCCAGCGGAAGUAAACAACACAAGAGCCAGAAGCAUUAGCUGCAUGUGUGUAUUGAUGUAGUUUGUGGCACAGUACUAUUAAACUAGCGCAGAUAAUGAUUUGAUUGGUAAUUAAACAACAAUGUCUUCAGUUGAGUAUUUGAGAGAGUUUUUCAAACAGAGACUAACUGCUGCUGCUGAAGAAAUAUUCAGAGUUUUUACAAAAACUCUCGUCGAGUAUGAAGAAGAGAUCAACCGUCAGCGCAGACUUGAAGACAGCAGCAGACGAAGCGCUCGUGGGUUGCAGUAUCAUGGUAACCAGGAAGGUGCUCUUUGGUCAGGAAGUGCAGUACAUCUUGAAAAAGCAAAAUCCAAGGCAACUCUUCUCUGGUACUAAAGUUCAAAGGCCUUUAUUCAAUGGCUAGUUCAUGAUGAACAUUAAAAACACCACCAUGUUUUGGCCAUGCUCA